AUGGAAGAAGACGAUCAUUAUCUUUAUAUCGAAAAUGAUGACGAGGCGCUCUUACGGUCAAGAUCAAACAAUAGACAACAUGGUGUACAUAGGCAGGGUUCUCUCGUGAGGCCUGAAAGAAACAGAUUUAAUAAUCCAAAUAACCCACAUUUUCAUUAUGCCAGGGUGACGAAGCAACAGCAAAGUCACCUGAGCGUGCAGCCGUCUACUACCGGUGUGGACCCCGCUAUAGGCAGAAACCUUGGCUCAAUAAAGUCCAAUAAAAGUACACAGAGUAGAAUAUCUAAGACCUCAAAGCAAGAUUCAGAAGGUUAUCCACUGCAAAAUCUUUCAAAUGGACGCUUUGGAGAUGAAAAUUUGGACAAUACUGACAAUUUAAGACCACACUUUAAGCCCACAACUUUAACAAGAAAACCAGAUAACUCAUUUUCUAUGUGGAAACUAUAUUGUUACAUUAUUACAUGUUGGGCACCUGGUCCAAUAUUAGCUCUCUUUGGUAUGAAAAAGAAAGAAAGACAAAUGGCUUGGAGAGAAAAAAUUGCCUUAAUAUCUGUUACUUUAUAUAUGGGGGCUAUUGUAGCCUACAUCACAUUUGGUUUCACAAGGACUGUUUGCAACACUUCAGGUCCUCGUAUAAAAAGUACCGAAAUGGAUACAGGAUAUGUUACCAUAAAUGGUAAGGCUUACACAUUUAAUGGAUCAUUAACAGAGGGUAGUGACUUAGAAGUGAAGGAUAAUACAGUUUAUGGUCCCUGGGAUGCCGCUGGAUAUCAAGCAACCUUUCUAUUUCAGAAUGUUAAUGGUAAUUGUCGUGAUUUAAUCACACCAAAAAGCAAUUGUACUAUUCCUCACGACGAUGAUAAUGAUUUGGCGUGGUAUUUUCCCUGUAGAUUAAUGAAAGAAGACGGUUCUUCGACUCCAAACUUUACCACUAUAAAUUAUGCUGGCUGGGGCUGCCACACGACAGAAUCUGAAAGGAAUGCAUACUAUAAAAUGAAGAGCUACGCGGAUAUUUAUUAUACUUGGGAAAGUGUCAGAAACUCCUCGAGAAAUCUAGUUGUUUACAAUGGUCAUGUUUUAGAUCUGGAUUUAUUGAACUGGUUAGAAACUUAUCAAGUAGACUAUCCUCUCCUAUUUGAUGAGUUAAAAAAGUCAAAUUUACAGGGUUAUGAUUUAUCAUUAAUUUUGUCAAAUGGUCACGACAGAAAGGUUGCCCAAUGCCUGAGUGAAAUUAUCAAAGUCGGUGAAGUUGACUCAAAGACUAUUGGCUGUAUUGCCUCAGACGUUGUUUUAUACGUUUCUUUGAUAUUGGUUCUCGCCGUGGUUAUUAUAAAGUUUUUAAUUGCCUGCUACUUUCGUUGGGGUGUUGCCAGGAAGCAAGGUGCUUUCCCAAUAGAUAACAAAACAAUGGAAAGACACAUGAAUAACAUAGAGGACUGGUCUCGCGAUAUCUAUUCUCAGGGUCCCAUUAAGAAAGUUCCUACUUCUCUGAGACCAAUCGACAAAGCUUCAAGGAAGGACAGGCGCGCAUCAACGCUUGACAUGUUGAAGAAGCGUGGCUCAAUUGCGCUAAAUUUGGCUGAAUCUACUAUUGAUCUCAAUUCUGCGUCUGACUUUGCGCCAGAUUCAGCAGGCUCCUACAACGGCAUGGUAACUAUGAGCACACAAAAUGUAUGGAAGCUGAAUACUGCGACCGACAUUCCUUCCAAUGAUUUUGCAACAUCUGGGUUAUUUCGCUCCACCUCAGAGCUCUGGAAUAGUACAACAUUAUUACCCACACCAGGAAAUUUAAAGACCCAAAAUCUAGAUACCACCAUUAUACAUCCAGACAUUGUUCAGCAACCGCCACUAGGAUACAUGCCCUAUGACUUCCCACUAAUUCACACUCUUUGCUUUGUCACCUGUUAUUCAGAAGAUGAGCAUGGUUUAAGGACAACGCUGGAUUCCCUAGCAACAACUGAUUAUCCAAACUCCCACAAAUUACUAAUGAUCGUCUGUGAUGGGCUAGUGAAAGGUUCAGGUAAUGAUAGAAGUACGCCUGAAAUUGCUCUAAGUAUGAUGGAUGACUUCGUAGUAGAUCCUCAGGAUGUCAAGCCAUAUUCAUAUGUGGCGGUUACUUCAGGUUCUAAAAGACAUAAUAUGGCAAAGAUAUAUGCUGGUUUCUAUAAGUACAAUGACUCAACUGUGCCACCAGAAAUGCAACAGCGUGUUCCUGUUAUUACUAUAGUUAAGUGCGGUACCCCAGAUGAACAAGGUUCUGCUAAGCCUGGUAACAGAGGUAAGCGUGAUUCACAAGUUAUAUUAAUGUCCUUUUUACAGAAGAUAACUUUUGAUGAGAGAAUGACAGAGUUGGAAUUUCAACUUUUGAAAAAUAUAUGGCAAAUUACAGGGUUGAUGGCUGAUUUUUACGAAACUGUUCUGAUGGUUGACGCCGAUACCAAAGUUUUCCCAGAUUCAUUGACACAUAUGAUUGCUGAAAUGGUUAAAGAUCAAACAAUUAUGGGUCUUUGUGGUGAAACCAAGAUUGCAAACAAAUCCGAAUCAUGGGUCACAGCCAUUCAAGUAUUUGAGUACUUUAUAUCCCAUCAUCAGUCUAAAGCUUUCGAAUCUGUAUUCGGCUCUGUAACCUGUUUGCCAGGAUGUUUUUCACUUUACAGAAUUAAGGCUCCAAAGGGUUCAAGUGGAUACUGGGUUCCAAUAUUAGCCAAUCCUGACAUUGUUGAGAGAUAUUCUGAUAAUGUCACCGACACAUUGCAUAAGAAGAAUCUGUUACUAUUAGGUGAAGAUAGAUAUUUAUCAUCUCUAAUGUUGAGAACUUUUCCAAAAAGAAAACAGGUUUUUGUCCCUAAAGCAGCUUGUAAAACUGUUGUCCCGAAUACCCUGAAAGUUUUGAUGUCACAACGCCGUCGUUGGAUCAACUCUACCGUCCAUAAUUUAUUCGAACUUCUAUUAAUAAGAGAUUUAUGUGGUACGUUCUGUUUUUCUAUGCAAUUUGUCAUUGGGAUUGAAUUAAUUGGUACCAUGGUAUUACCAGUUGCAAUCUGUUUUACGGUAUAUGUCAUUAUUGCUGCCAUUGUUAGCCAUCCCACUCCAAUUUUAACAUUAGUUCUGCUUGCUGUUGUUUUAGGAUUACCUGGUUUGAUUGUUAUACUCACUGCUACUCGUGCGUCAUAUCUUAUGUGGAUGGCCAUUUAUAUAUGUGCAUUGCCUAUCUGGAAUUUGUUAUUACCAUCCUAUGCAUACUGGAAAUUUGAUGAUUUCUCCUGGGGUGAUACAAGAACGGUUGCGGGUGAUGGUAAAGGGUCUAGCCAUGAUGAAGUGGAGGGUGAUUUUGACCAUUCUAAGAUCAAAAUGAGGACUUGGAGAGAGUUUGAAAGAGAAGAGAGAAUAUCUAGAUCAAGUAAUAUCGACGAAGAUGAAACUAGUCGACUUUUUGCAUAG